CUCACGGCCCUGCUGGAUGCGGAGCCGCCGGGCUCUGGGGACGAGAGCGAGCGGGCGGAGCCGGUGGAGCCGACGGAGCCGGGUCUGAAUGCCCUUGAGUCCACAGAACUAGAAUUUGGAGAAUGCACAGUUACAUGUGGGAUUGGCAUUCAGGAAGUUCUGUUAACAAGUGGAUGCCCUGGGGAUGAAGCAAAAUGUAUUGUUGGUGUGAAGGAAUGCCGUGGGCCAGUGGACUGUGGAUGGGGAAGACCAAUUUCUGAGAACUCUACAAGCGUGAUGAUGACUUGUAUUUAUAUCUCUCCUGAAAAUCGAUUUAAAUAUGUUUGGAAGAUCUUAAUUCCAGACAAGCCAGCAAGCAUUCUUCCCAAUGAUUCAGCUGUUGUGGUAGUACGCAGAGCUAUGCGUUCAUUUACUUACCUGUGUGAAACUCAGGAAAAUGGAAGUAUAAUUGCCUCUGUAAAAUACACAGUGAAAGCAGCAACUGAACCGAAAACAAAACAACCAAAGGGAAAAGAAAAAGGACAAUCGAGGAGAAGAAGGACAAAUGCCAUUCUGGUCUUUUGCGUGGUUACUGCAGUCAUUGUAACGAUUGGUGUGAUCUUUGUCAUAAUCUUUAUAAUUCUUUACUGGGCUGUUGUCAAAACUAGCUUGGUUUGUCAAGAUGACAAAGACAAAAAACUGACCAACAAAAGUUCAGUGAAUACCUUGGAAUAAGUAGACUCUCGCUCAGUCAGUGUUGACUUUCAAGGUGUUGGAGUUCCUGCACCUGCAUCUACUGUGAUCUCACUAACUUCAUUAGCCACAAUACAAGAAGUGCCAGAAGUCCUUCCAGCAUUUGCAUAAUGAAGAAAUUUAAUUAAAAAAGAAAAAGAAAAAUAUUUUUUUUUAAAAAGAUCAGAUUACACAGAAGCAGUAUAUAAAGAUAUUAAAAAAACCAACAGCAACAAAAAAACAAAACAAGCACUUUUUACAGUUUAUUCACUGUCUUAGAUUACUGAACUUCAAAUAAAAUUAUAAAAAUCA